CAACAUAAUUGGGUGAGAGAUGUUUCAGGUCGCCCUGCUGAAGGGGUGUCUCCUCUGGAAGAUGCAGGCUGUGAUCCUGAACUGUAUAUAAGAUGGCCAAGAGCUGAUCUGCUCUACACUGCGCUCCUGAAGCUCAGCGCUCCUACUCCUCACCCAGGCUGCAUCAGUUUUGCAGGGAGAUGGCCCAGUUCCAGGAAAACAUCAGUGGCAUUGUUGCUGCUUUCUACGUGUAUGCCAGAAGUGACGGCAACUGCAGCCCCCUGAGCAGGGAGGAGCUGAGGCAGCUCCUUGAGCAGGAGUUUGCGGAUGCAAUGGAGAACCCCCAGGACCCCAAAACAGUCAAGAAGGUGCUGCGCUUCCUGGGUGAUGACAGCAACUGCAGGGUUGACUUCGGCGAGUUGCUCAGCCUGGUUUUCCGCAUGGCCAAGGCUUGUUACAAACCAUCCCAGGAGCACCAGGCACUGGAAGAUGCUCAAGAGCUGAUGGUGCAAGAGAAGGCACGUGGGGAGCAGCCGUCAGGGCCACGUGCAGCGGGGAAGGUCUCAAGCAACCAGCAGGUCCCUGAGCAGCGUGUGAACAAUCAGGUCCAGGACACUGAGACACAGGACCCAGACAACCAUCAAGUCCAGGAAGGUGAGACAUCAAAGCAGGACAAGGACAACCAUCAAAUCCAGGAGGGUGAGACAUCAAAGCAGGACCAGGACAACCAUCAAACCCAGGAGGGUGAGACAUCAAAGCAGGAUGAGGACAACCAUCAGAUUCAAGAGGGUGAAACACCAGAGCAGGACCAGGACAACCAUCAAAUCCAGGAGGGUGAGACACUGGAGCAGGACCAGGACAACCAUCAGUCCCAGGAAGGUGAGACAUCAAAGCAGGACCAAGACAACUAUCAGGAUGAUGGGACUGAAGCACCAGAAGGAGAUCCAGAGAGAGGUGAGAACCUGGACACCAAAACCUCAGAGCAGGACAGAAAUACCCAUAAGGCUGAAGAGACUGAGACACCAAAACAGGACCCAAAAACCCACCAGGCCCAAGAAACAGAGGCACCAGGACAGGGCUCAAACCACCAUCAGAUCCCAGAGACUGAGCCAGCAGAGCAGGACCUGAAUUGUCCCUCUGAGACACAAGGAAGAGACCUAAACAAGACCCAGAUCUGUGAGGCCCCUUGGCAGGACCCCAACCACAGCAAGACCCAGAAUCUGCUGUCCCCACAGUGGGGUUCGAGCCGCCGUCGGGAUCUGAAGCCCUGGGGAACAUGCCAUGAGCCAGUCUGCCAUCAGUUCCCGGAAUCCAAGGUGCUGGAGCAGGAGCACAGCAGAGCAGAGGCUCCGUCUUGUCCAGCAGAACAAGAACAAGAUGCUCAUCACCAAAGACAACCCCCUAUAGAGCAACAGCUCCUGCAGCCUCUGUAUAAGUGGCCACCACAGCAGUAAAGGCUGAAACAAGCCCCUGGCUAAGUGAGGCUCUUGCCCUCUGCAAUGAGGUACAUUUUGUCCAGUCCCACCCUGGGUUUGCAUUUCUAUUUGUCAUGUCUUCUCUAAUUCCUUAUUAACCCUGGGCUUCACACCCCUGCUUUGUACCGAGCUAUGCAUGACUAGAGACCUUCCCUCUUACUCUC